GCUGAGAUCAAAACCAAAACAAAAUUAAUCAGCCCGGAAAAUGUGUUGCGGUCGGAUUAGAUCCUGCUGUGGGGAAUAAUUUCUUAAAAUAUUACGUAAUUUUGUUCGGGAUUUCACUUCGCUAUCAUGUCCCAGCACUACAAUCGUUUUCUCAAACUGUUGGAACGUUGGCCGGUUGAUCAGAGCAAGAUUGGCCGUGAUCUUGGACAGUACCUGCGCGAUCAAUUGAAAGCCGUGCUGGGAGGGUCGAACAUCAUCGCUGUUAACGACGAACGAUUGUUCAAACAGUAUCAAUCCCUGGAAAACAUCGUAAACGACGUUCACCUGCGCGCACAUCCUCGUUUGCUGAAUUCCACGGCCACGGGAUUGACCGGGGAGCAGUGCCGAGAAGUUCUAUCUUCGGAGUUCCUGGAGCAAGUGAACCGAAAAGGGGGUUUCGACAAAUAAACUCAAAAACUGUAUGAAGCAAGAUGUUUUCCGCAAGGACUUUUGGUAAGUUAAGUUUAGUAUUAGGUAGAAAUCGGUCUGCUGGAACGUUGGCUGGCAUAUCUCAUGUCCCAGUGAUGGCCACAGAAACGAUCAAAUUUCUCAAACCACAAGACAAUGAACUGUUCCUGGAUAUGACGUUCGGAGCGGGUGGACACACAAAAGAGAUUUUGAAAGUUGCCCCAAAUGCCAAGAUAAUAGCAUUAGAUCGUGAUCCGACCGCUCACGACAUGGCACUGGCUAUGGCCAAAAAGUAUCCUGGUCAAAUAUUUCCUAUACUGGGAAGGUUUUCCGAAUUGCCGGAACAAUUAGCUAAGAUCAAUGUGAAUCAGCAGUCGAUUGAUGGGAUAAUAUUCGACUUUGGGUGUUCCUCAAUGCAGUUUGAUGAAGGGUCUCGUGGAUUUUCGAUUAGCAAAAACGGACCGUUGGAUAUGCGAAUGGAUCAGGAUCGUUUUCCAGAUACACCUUCUGCUGCCGAAAUUCUUGCUAAAAUUGAUGAAGUGGAUUUGGCACGAAUUUUGAAGAUCUACGGUGAGGAAAAACAAGCAAAGAAAAUUGCACGAGCCAUCGUGGAAACCCGAUACUCGAUCAAGAAGAUCGAAACCACCAAAGAAUUAGCUGAUAUAGUUCAGUCCUGCCUAGGAAGUGGCAGUUUUCGGCUGGAUAAACUACAACGGCCAAGUCAUCCUGCGACGAAGACUUUCCAAGCGUUGAGAAUAUUCGUGAACAAUGAACUGAACGAAAUCAACUACGGUAUGAUUCUGGCGCAGCGGUACCUGAAAAUAGGUGGUAAAAUGAUCGCGAUCACUUUCCAUUCCCUUGAAGACACUAUAGUGAAGCGCCAUGUAAUGGGAAACGUGCUGAAUGAUAUGGCCAAUACAUUGCCCCUGAAGUAUUGUAGCCAUACGAUUAGUUAUGAGCAUGAUGUAAUGGAAAACGUAAUGAAAACCUCUUGGCACCAGAUGACUAAGCACGUUGUUCUGCCAGGUGACGAUGAAGUAGAGCAGAACCCUAGGAGCCGAUCCGCAAAGUUACGAGCAGUGGUACGUGUGGCUUAGGCGUAAUAAAAGCAGGUUUGUCGAAUCGAAA